UUGCAGGUGGUUUUUAUCAAGACAAUCGUGGAUAUGUCGAAAGUGGUACUUACAUAACCGACUGUAAACGGUGUAUAAAUGGAACAUUUUCCCCUCAUCCAGGAGCUACCUCAAUAUUUGCCUGUCAGUCAUGUCCAUCGGGAACCAACACAGAUGUAAUGGCUGACCUUGAUGCAUGUCCAUGCUUAGAAAACUUCUAUCGCACUUACCGUUAUGGCGCAUGUAAACCGUGCCCGGAAGGCGUUGACUGCGCGGGUGGUUACCAGAAAUUGAGCCCGGGCUACGGGUGGUCGUGGAAUUUUAAACGUUAUCCCGAUCGUUUAGAUGAGUACAGACAAUUUGUCGAUAAUCUUACUACUUCCAAUUUCAAGCUAUCUGAACCCAACACUUUAAACUACACUGUGUACACAGGAGAUCUUCCGGCAGCCCACAAGUGUCCAAGAAGUGAGAGUUGCAUUGGUGGAUAUAUUGAAGCAAAGUGCUCUGAAGGUUAUUCUGAUAAUGUUUGGUUAUGUGCUGAGUGCAGUGACAAUUAUUACGAAUUAUUUGACAAGUGUUACAAAUGUCAGGAUGAAAAAAUCAUAAUAAUUGUCCUGAUAUCGAUCAUUUUGGUGUUCGUAUGUGUUUCGUACUUAGUGUGGAGACUAGACAAACGAAAGGCCGAGACAAUACGCAAAGACUCUUUCGUGAUUCAUCUCAAGAUCGCCAUCAAUUUCUAUCAGGUUCUGGGUAUUCUAUCUGAAGUUAAUGAAAUACAUUGGCCAAAUUCGUUUCGAUCUGUUGGAGAGAGCCUCCAAUAUCUCGAUAUAAUACGUUAUGUAAAUCUUCUGAGCCCAAGGUGUAUAUUUCCUGGUGUUUGGAAUGCUUACACAUUUUUGUAUAUUGCCAUAGCAACACCAUUCACUAUUAUCUUGUCAACAUCACUCACUUUCUUCAUCUGGCACCUCUACAAACGGUACAAAGAGGAUCACUCAGUGCAUCACUUAACGGACAAAUUCUUCUCGAUUACAAUGAUGUUACUCUAUUUGACCUAUGCAAACACUUGCUCAAACAUUAUGGCAAUCGGCCCGUGGUCAAUUCGUACGUUUAAUGUUGCUGCGGAUGAUGAUAACGAUCAAAAACGAGUGUUAACGUCUGACUACUCUAUCGAUAUAGAUGAAUAUAAUGGUUCAAAAUACGAGACUAACAAAAACAUUGUUUAUGGUUCGUUGGUGUAUGUGAUUGGUUUUCCACUUGCUCUUAUUCUGAUAUUGUACUGUAGAUACAAACGUCAUGGGGAACGAUCUGGGUCCAUGGGAAUGAGGUUCUUCUGCAAGCAAUAUAGUCCCAAGUUUUGGUACUGGGAGGUGAUUGAUAUGUACAACAAGGCUAUACUCGCCCUCAUCGCUAACUUCAAGGACGACCAACCCUCCAACAUGGCAUAUUCCCUCUUCAUCACGAUCAUCCUCAUAGCAUUGCAUCUGUAUCUUGAACCAUUGAAGGUGAAGUCCGAUUCGAGGUUUCAGUUGUUGACACUUGUCUUCAUCAUCGUCAACUUGUCGGUUGGCGCAAUUGUUGACAUGGAAGAGUCCGGGCGAGCUUCGGUGUACACGACAGACGACACAAUAUCUGUGCUCCAUGACAUCACACCCUAUAUCCUUUUGCUGCUGAAUCUGUCAAUUCUGUUUUUAGUUUUUCUUGAUCUACUUAAAAAAGUCAAGGAAAGCUUUUGGGGAGAAUCGGCUGGGUUUCAGGAACUUAGAAAUGUUGCCAAUGACGUCGAAGACAACGAGGACGAUCGGAAUGAACGUUGUUUAAAUGUGCAAGAAGAUUUCGACAGCUUAUCAACCUACACUCCCACGACUAAUAACUAGUAGUACAAUAUUAAUUGGUUGUAAAUUAACGGCACACCAAUAUUAUAAUCAUUUGCCAUACAGUUCAGCAUAAUUUGAAUAAAAUAUAUAAUUACAUCGAUACUCAAUGAUCUUCAUGUGGUAACAAUGUAAUAUAAAUUGUUGGCCUUCAGUACAACAUUUCAUUUACCUUUUGUAUCUGUUUAAAAUAUUUUUUUUGUAUAUAAUCUCUUAUAAUUUUAAUUUAAUAGCAAUAUCUUUUUACGACGUAGUUAGGUACCGCAAGUGAUUGCAUUUUUAAUUACAAAAUAAUGUUAACAUCUCUGUUUUUUGCCUGGAACUUGAUAUUUUACAGUAAUUCUUUAACUGCCAUUAAGAACCGUUCUGAAGAACUUUUUUUUCUCGUCAGUUUUGGUGUUAACAUCAAGAAUAUAUUACUUUAGUAAAUACCGUAAUCACUUGGUAUUCCGAUCUUAAAUUAGGCCUACUCUACCUAUUGUGGUGGGUUUGUUGCCGAUACAACGCAAUAUAUCAGGAUAUUACUGUCUGAUUUUAGCUAAUAUACCUGGAAAAUAUAAGUCAAAUAUUAAUUUAUCCCUCUUUACAACUAUAAAGAUACUGGUUCACUCUAAAGCCCGUUAUAGGAAAAGUUCCUUAUAAGUUCUGCAAAACAUCUCCUUUGGGAUUUUUCUCUUUGUGUUGUAAUGUAUUUCAUGUUCAGAAUAAGGAACUGAUUCGUUAAUAGACUAUGCCAGAUACGAUGUUUAUAACUUUUUUAUUCGGGAAGUGUUUCUACCAUAAUCUGAUUAUUUAGACUUGGCAAUUUUUUUUUCUAUAAUUGAAAAGAAAGCCUGAUACGAUAUUUAUUUGUAUUCUAUUCAGGCACCUAUUCUACCAUUAUUUGAUUAUUUAUCACCCGAAGUACUUUAGAUUAAUAACUUUUAGUUGAUAGGUUGUGCCUUAUACAAUGUUUACAUCAUUGUUCCUUGAAUCGAGCACUGUUUGUUUGUAUAUUAGAUUAAUUUAAGUGGUUGUUAUAUUUAGUUUUAUAAAGGUAAUAAUUGCAGAGUGCGAAGAAAUCAAUGACGUCUUUAGGAAGGCAUGGACCCACGGUUCUGAUGUUGUGGAAGACCAAUUUGAAAAAGUUUUUAUACUUUCUGUACGACAUCUCGAGCAGAACGAGCAGUAAUUACAAGCUUAAUUUGCAACCAAUUGUCUGGACCUCUGAUUGCACAAUGCCCGAUUGAGGUC